CCAAUUGUCUCCAAAAGGGAAAACUCUAAUUCUGUGAACAAUCUCGUCGAAAUUGGCAUUGGUGAAUUCGAGUGUCCUUUUCGAAUCUCAUUAAGAGCCUCAGGGAUCCUCAACUCUAGAUCUUCAAUAUCAAAACGGAUGGAUUUAUCCAUCUGUUGUCGAAAGGUUUCUAACCCUAAUGGCUGCAAAAGCAAGCCCUCAGAAACAAAAGAUCCUCAGAGAGGCCAGGUUACUCUUGAUAGAGAAGAAAAUGAUGAAUUGAAGUCUUUGCUAUCGCCUAGAAGGGGUGGCAUAUCGAAGAACCCGAAGAAAUCGCGUCAAAAAGUGCAGUGGAAAGACAGGAACGGUAAUAAGCUUGUGGAAGUUUUGGAAUUCCAACCAAGUUAUUGUUCUCCAGCUUGUGGCCAUAAAGAUGGACUGUCCAACAAGGAAAAAGAAGCAAUCUUUCAUCUCUGGCUUUAUUUUGUUUCUUUCCAGAAAGGAAAGCCUGACCAAUUUGAAGUUGCCGCAUGGGCAUUCUAAUUAUCAGAUUUCAUUGAUAUGGAUCAACUCGUCAAAAUGAAAGCAGAUAUAUAAGAGACUGAUAAUUCCCAAACAUGUAAUAUAUAUUUAAUAGACAUGGAGCCUUUGUAAGUUGUCUAGGUUUCUGAUAACUUCAUGUGAUAUGUGUUGAAAUGUUCACACACCAAAUACAAUCCUAUUGCACGAAGCGCCACUCCAUGGCUUCUGGUAUUUUUUUCUUUUUUGUGGUGUACUGAUGUUAGCAUGUAAUAUUUCUUUGAAUUGUUUCCUGGGACAAUAUAUAAUUGGUUGCCUUUUCUUUUUUCUUCAA